CGGUAGCGGCGGCAGUCUCGGUCGGCGCGUCACGGACGACACGCACGUUGACGGACGUCGCUCGCGAGAGGAGUCGUGCGGUCAAAGCGAGCGAGUUCGCUCCGUUUCAUUGAUCCUCCUGUUGUUAGUCUCGCUCACGACUCUCCUCCCGCUGCUGCCACCACGACUCUCGAGGCGAGCUACACGACGAGAAAGUCAACGACGGCGACGAGGAGGUCGACGACGAUGGGAAAGCGAGCGCGGCCACGGCCGCGCGCGGUCGUCCGACCGAGGAUGAACUCGCGACGUUACUACCGAUCGGACUGAUCCAGUGGCAAGAGAGCCUCUCGGGGUGGUCGCGACGUCCAGUGCAACGGGAGUCGCGGGCCGACCGACCGCCCGCCGAGUCGCGUCGCCGUGCGUCGGCGGUCUCUCGCAUUCGUCACGCGAAAUCGAUAAACGGGGACGUCGCGAGAGAGUCGAGCGCUUACGCGCGCACGUUAUAAUUCGUUCUUGUGAAAGGUGCGAAACGGGGACUCGGUGAGAGGGGAACUCUCGGGGAUAAUUGCGAGCCGAGUGACAGCGACCGUGGACUCGGCUCUCGUUGGAAUCCGCCGCGCGACGUGGUCUCGCUUCACCGCCGCCGACGCCGUCGCCGCCGUCGCCGCCGUGGAAAUCGUCCUCCGUGAAGCGACAUCGGCGCCGCGUCGUGCUUGAAGCGCGCGUUUCCUCUACAUUUUCGUACAUUCAUUACUUUCAUAUAUUCGCAAACACAGCGACUGCGACUUCGCCAUCCCGGCGCGCGAUCAUCGCGAUCGUCCUCAAUGGAACAUCGUGGCCGAACGGCGACGUCUCGUAGUAACCUUGAGUCGACAUCGUCAAGGUAAUCAGUUUCUACGAGAGCCGUGGUCUUCCCUCUGGUUCUUCGUCUCCCUUAUCGACUCAUCGAAGUCGCGCGCGCGGAAGAGAGAGGGAGAGAGAGAGAGAGAGAAAGAGAGGGAGAGAGAGAGAGAGAGAGCAGUCGUCGUCGCCAGAACAUCGCCAUCGGCGAGACGCGUGAUUAUCCGCGAAAUGAAGAAAAGCUUGAGCAUGCCUCGAUCGAUACGCGCACGGUCUUCGCCGGAUUAACUUCCUCGCGCACGCAACGCGUGCCAAGUGACACGUCGUUCGCCAAGGGAACACGUGCACUGACGACGACGACGACGACGACGACGACGGCGGCGGCGGCACCGUAUCGAAGAUUGUUCGCCGCGGUGAAGGGGAGAAGGUCGUCGAAGCAUGUGACUUCCGCGUUGCUCAUCGAUCACCCUCCACCGGCAGAGGGAUGUUGCGGCUGUUCGACGGCAGGAUCACUUAACUUCGCCACCCGCAUUCGCGUGUCCCUGGUCACGCGCGAUACGCGACGCGAAUGUGCGUGGAUAUGCGCGCGUGCGAAACGUCGAUGGCCGCGCGACCACGGGGUUGUCGGAUAAUGAACGAUAACCGCGGCGGCAGAUAGACAGGUGGAUAUCGCGAGAAAGUGUACGCCGCCGCCGCCGCCGCCGCCGUGGGAACGCGAGCGAGAGGGACAGGUAGGAAGCCGUAGGCACAGGUGGUGGCAAGGACGGACGAUCAGGAGCAAGAGAGACACAGCUUGACGCAGGAAGAGACGGGGAGGGAGACAGAAUAGCGCUUUAUUGCUGUCCCAGCGCGAACCCUGUAAGAACCAUAGGAAAGUGUCCGUUGAAAGGACGUCUGACAUGUCGGUGCGGUUAAUAACAGGAAGAGAGAGAAAGUAAAUAGUAGUAGAGGGAGAGAGAGGGGCGAAAUAAAAAGAAGAGAGCAUUGAGGAGGGAGAGAGAAAGAGGAACGGAAAGAAGCCUCAAUCAUGAAGGAACACGGAAACAAGCAUCCGGCGGAACCGGCGACGAAGACGCUCAAAUCGUUGCUGAAGAAGCCGGGUCAGACGAAGGCAAAGUCGCAGAAACAUCGCGUGGUGAUCAACGAGAAGUUGAACGAGUUCUUCGCGGCGGACUACAUAAUACUGAUCAAGGAGGAGUGCUGCGCCGACUAUGAAGAGGACUGCGACUGCUGCUACCAGGAGCACGAGUUCAUGCGGUUGGGCAAUUGCAAGGAAUGCCGGGCGGAAUUGAAUCUGCACUUCGGCAUCGGCACCGGCAACGGCAGAUACGGCGAGCUGGCAAGGGGAGUAGAACAGGCGGUCUGCGAGAACGCCUCGCGAGAUCAUCGCGGUGGUGGUCGGGCAAAGAAUCAGCAGGGUCGCGAGGAGUCGCGCUCCGAGGAAGACGAGGAGGAAGAGGAGGACGAGGAGGAGGCUGAGGACGGGGAGGAAGAGGAGGAGGAAGAAGAGGAGCGGGAGGAUGAGGAGGAAAACGAGGAGAAGAACAGCGAUGGAAAGGUAGAGAGGGUGGCGGCGGUGGCGACGGCGGCGACGACGGCGGCGACGACGACGUCGGUGGAAGGGAAGGACGCGAACGAGCGAGGGAACGUGGACGCGGAGGACGUGGCGAAAGGACGCCGGCCGAAGGAGACGGAUUCCCAGGAGGAGAACGGAACCGUGGUUCCGCCACCACCGCCGCCGCCGCCGCGGCAUGAGCAACAGCAGCAGGAAACGCUCAGCCCGCCGGAGGGUUACAAAGACGUGUGUUCGAACGACGAGGUCCCGAACGAGACGGAGCAACGUCGUGCGUCAGCCGCGUGCACUGAGUGCAAUUACUACCAGCAACAGGCUACGGAGUGCGAAUCUCAAGCGCAGGAUCAUGGAAAUGAGCAGAACGCGCAGGAUAGCAAGGAUACGGUGCAAGACGGUUGCCAAAGAAACUUACAAGAAAGAUUGGAUAAGCAGCACCGGGCGUCUCUUCCUGAUUCGCACCAUCGUUAUCUCGUGGAGACAAUAACGAUGACAACCGUGACGGAGCGGCGUAUCGUGCGGGAAAUUAGCGAGGAGGAGCGGAAGGAUUGCUUCGGGCGAUCCGAUAUGGAUAAAGAGAAGAAUACCUGCGACGUGCCGAAGGAUAACGGUUUUAAUCCGGCGCUUUGUCCGGCGACGAGCGGCCCGGUCGUUCACGAGAAUGUGGCGCAGUUCAGCGCCGUGCGACCUAACGAGCCGGGCGUCACAGAGAAUCGUGACGCUGACGCGAACGCCAAAAAUCCAGCCAACGACAAAAGAGAGACGACGGAAGAAGCGGAACGCAUCAGCGAUCAAACGGCGUCGGGUGAACAGCAGCAACAGCAGCAGCAGCAGCAACAGCAACCACCACCGCGAAACGAGCAGGACGCGAAAGAGCUGUCCCUCAUGUUCAAGCUCGGCAACGUGUCCCUCGCCAGUAACAGCCUGAAGCCAAAUUCCGCAGUGAGACAACUUUUUCCUAACCCGAAGUUUAUCUCACCACCGCCGGCGCCGGUCAACAAAGCGACCUCGGCAACUUGCGCGGAACAUUCCCAGGACGCCUGCGACGAGGCGCAAAAGUUUCUGAUUACCGCCGAGAGUUUAAGACUGUUCGACGCGGUGAAGAAGUCGGCGAUCCCCGGCGGCUCCUACGAGUCGCCGGAAUGCGAGUCCAGCUCGAUCAAGAGAUCGAUCGAGCGCAACACGCUGCGACGGAGUCUGAUCGGCAAGUACAACACGAUCUCGCGCAAGAAAAACUUGCGGCCGAAGAAUCUCUCGCUGGAGGAGCGGAUCCGACAGCUCACGUGCGUCGAUCAAGAGGACGAGAGCGUGGACACGACCGAUAGUUCCGAUAACGCCAACUCCGCGAGUGACGCCAAGUACAGCGGCGAUCUGCCGAUACGGACGUCGCCGUUGGGCGAGGAACGGCCUAUAAGCGAGUUGUUGUCGGCGAGCGCGGCCUCGACGGAAACCACUGCCACUCUAACGAUGGUGUCGACGAGAUCGGGCUCUUUGACAGCGACGACCACGGCGACGACCACGACAGCGAGCACGAUGGCGUCGUCCGCAACCACGCACGGCCACAGCGCGAUGGGCAUGCCGAUGCUGGUAACAGACAAUCCGCCGAAUCAGUCCACCUACAGGAAGAUCACGGAUCUGUUCGCACACAAGAAGAACGUCCAGCCGAAUCUGCCGGACCUCGGUAUCGGGCCUGGCGGCAGGAAUAUCCUCACCAAGGAGUGCCAGUCGAAGAACCCGUUGACAAAAGUGAAUUCGGACGUGCGUAGGCAGCUGUUGGCCAGCCUCGCGCCGCUCUCUUGCGUGGCCAUCAGCAAUGCUGAUCAGGACGAUUAUUACCGCAGCGAGUCCAGGAUAUUGGCGUCCGCGAACCGCGAGUCCAUCGGCUAUAACUCGGACUCGUCGUAUAGUCUGGAGGACAUAGAGGCUGUCUUAAACGGCGACGAAAGAAAGUACGCCGGUCAGCCGGACGUGACCAAGUGUACGCCGAUAGGCAAUCGACCCGACAUCGGUGACAACACCACCGACGAGCUGCUAGCGUUCGUGGAGCAGGACAAGUCGAGGAUGGAACGGAUCAAACGUCGCUACAACGACACGGAGGAGCGUUACUCCUUCAUCAACGGCUACCACUCGGAGGACAAGGCAGUGAACACGAUCAAUGAGAACUACGAGAGCAAGGGCGUCAAGAGCAACGACGGAGGCGGUAGAGACGCGCAGGCGGACGAGGAGGAGGACGACGAGGACGACGAGCUCAACGACUACGGCUUCAACCGGCGACCUUCGGUGACAGGUAUCAAGCAGCAGUACGAGACGGCGAAUGAGACCGUCGCUGCUCACCGACCGCGACCAUGCGCUGGAGCGCCCAACAAUUUCCACGAGGCGAGGUCCAGCUCGCAAUCGAUAUGGCCGAUGUACUGCGACAUAAACGGCGACAAGGUCGACGCCAAGUCCCUGUUGGCCGGCGACGGGGACGAAACGGUCCCCACCCCUGCGGACACAUACGCCACGAUGGGCAGUUUCGAGAGAGACACGAACACGAUCAAUCGGAUAAACACGAUGCAGCGGCAGAUCGACGACAUAUACCAGACUAUCGCGGAAAGCACGGCGGUCACGGCGAAUGUGCAGGGUAUCUCCGAGCAUGCGACUUAUCUGGACAGCGCAAUCCCGCGGCAGUUCGUCAGAACGCCAUCCAACGACGGCGGCCCGACGGCGCACCUAUACGCCGAGCACAGGAACGGCCAUCACUAUUACCAGGAGCAGCAGCAGCUGACCAGCACGCGGAUGCUGCGCAUCGCCGGUGGUGGCGACGACAUCGCCGGCGCGAUCUACACCAACACCUUGUCCAAGAUGCAACGUCGCAACCCGGCGGUGACGAUCGCCAAUUACCACUGCAACAUGCUGCCGAGCGGGGCGGUGCCGGUCAACACCAAGUGUUACCGCACCAUGUACUUCGUGCCGUACAGCGGCAUGUCCGAUCCUACGUAUCAGAACAUACAGCGUAUCCUACCGCCACACUCCUCACCCAACUACGCCAGCCACAUCGAGCGGUACCCGUAUCCUCGACUGGGCAAGACCAGCCAGCAACAGGCGCUCUAUUAUACCACGAAUCGUUCCGCCACGUCGCAUUCCAAUUUGAACACGUCCCCGCCCAUACCGUCUCCGCCGCCACCGCCUCCGCUCGCCACCGGCGGCGUGUCAAGUCCGAACUCAUUGCCGUUGCAGAGCAACCAACAAGCCUUACACCUGCACAUACAUCCCCACCAGCCCGAGGACUUUCGGCCGCCCAACAUGGCGUUCUCGCCGGUCCCGCAUUCGGGGGUUCCGCACCCAAUGCAAUUCCAUCACCAUCAGCACCAACACCAGCACCAACAUCAGCAUCAACAUCAGCAUCACCAUGAGAUGACGUCGUACCGCGUGCCAAUGGCGACGCAGCAGUCGCCUCCUUCCUACACGGUGAUCGCGCCCUCCAGGUGUGUACCGGCCAGCAAUCAGGAUGGCUAUCCGUUGUACCAGGCGCAUCUGGGGCGUAGCGGCGUGACUACCGCCGCAGCAGCCGCUGCAGCAGCAGCAGCAGCAGCAGCAGCCGCUGCCGCCGCCGCCACGGACGUACAGACGCAGACGAUCGCCGUCGCGGCCGCGGCGUCGUCGUUCUCAUCGUCCUCUUCGUCGUCAUCCUCUUCGUCAUCUUCAUCGUCAUCCUCGGCGUCGGCGUCGGCACUGUCGUCGUCUUCGUCUUCGUCCGCCACCGCCACUGCCACUUCUCUGAAGUGUACCGGGAUGUUAGCCAACAACAAGAGCUGCGAGCCGAACCUAGGAACAUCCUUUGGCAUGGCCGUCAACAGCGGUGCUCAGCCCGCGGCCGUCACCUCGCUCGCCUGCUCGACGUCGUCGUCGACGGUCAUAUCCUCGCCGACGGUAAUGCAGCUGCCACGUGCCAUCAACACCACGUGCGCGUUGACGGAACGCGGAGCACCUGAGGGAGCAGCCAGUUUGCCCUCCCGGGACUUCCAGCAGUCCGGGACGCCCAACUCGGCGCCGCACGUCCUGCUGAUGUCCAACUCUUACGUCGACCCCAACGCCAGUCUCAUAUCCACUCCGACCAACAGCACGCCGAAUACGGUGUACUACGCUAUGAACGUUUGAACACUGGCGCGGAGUUAGAGACGCUCUUCCUUGGGAAAGCUCUCGAAGAGAAGUCGGCACGACGUCUCCCUGCCUCCCUUGGACGUUUGUAUUCUGGGCGACAUUUCAUUCUUUCGCUGUCACCCCUCGAACAACCGAUAUGUAACUGGUGUUACAUGUAACGCAGGGAUGCGCGCUACCAUAGCGAUCUCGCUAUUUUUAUCGGCUCUUUGUGCAGGCGCGUGACGGAAAUUGUCCGACGUCGUCUGAAGCGGUGACGUUCAUCAGGCGAGAGCAAUUGAAGGGUUAAAUCGCACUCCUCUUUGGAUCUUCUCCCGACUCGGCCUUCGUUUUCUCACUCUAUUUCACCGCGUGUCCAUGUAUCUCUCUAUUUCAUAGUUUCUUUCGACGACGGCUGAUCUUGACACGGCGAGCAGAUGCUGUUUUAUUUAUAAUAGAGAGCCUAUUUCGUUUCAACGACAGAUUAGUGCGAUGUACGAGAGUUGUGUUUUUCGAACUGAUCGAUGGCACUUGAUUGGAAAUACGAUUAGUCAGGGAAACAUGUAAUCUCUACAUGGGAUCUAUAAAUGCCGAUUUCUGACGUGGAAACGUACGAUUGGACAAUUCUUUAUUAAUAUUUGUCGAAUGGAGAGAUUAGGGGUUAAAAAGUGUAUGUGUACGUGUUGCGCUAUAUUGCACUUGUAUUAACGAUACCCGAUAUUAUUUGCGUUACUUGGUACUGCGCGUGGAAGUCUGUGUGUGCGAAGCGCAUGAGAGAAAAAGACAGAGAGAGAGAGAGAGAGAGAGAGAGAGAGAGAGAGAGAGAGAGAGAGAGAGACUCGCCUCGUUUAUCGUGGCCCCAUACGUUUUCUCGCAGUAUAAUAAUGUUAUUUGGCGAAAUGAUCACUUUAUAUACUCGUUAUCAUCACGCAAUAUAUUGCAACGUUGUACAAACUUUCUACAGCACUGUAGAUACCAUUUCACCGUAGAUUUGCGGUUCUCCGUUUGUUCCUAUCUACAGCAUUGUGGAUAUUGCGACGAAGAACGAUAGUGCCGCGUAUUAGAGAUAAUAUCCAUUAUUUGUGAUCUGACCUAGGAAUGUUGUUGAUUGUUUUUACGUUAUGACGAUGAUUUAUGAGUCGCGGUCGUUCCGGUCAAGAUGUUAACGUUGAAUCGAAUUAAACGGGACGACCAAAUUAACAAAGAGAAACGAUGGAGGAGACUUUGGUCUCUCGAAGAUAUAGAAUUUCUUUAAAAAAAAAAGGAGACGCGGCAGCUAUAAAAAUAUAUAUGUAUAUUUCAUAGUAUUUCGAGGAAAGAAAGAGAAGAUACGUCUCCCUUCCCUCUGUGUUUCGUAGCAAAAUCGCUUCGAGUCCUCUUCCCGUAGAGAAAAAGAGAGAAAGAGACGCGGAAGAUGCUGUUUGUGAAUUUCACUUAUACGCUUCAUGCCAAAUUAAAACGUAUCAAUGCGUCUAGUCAGUAUAAAAUUAGUCUACGAUAAGAGAUAUACACGAAUGCCAAAAAAGAAAAAAAAUAUAAUUCACCCUUAGUUAAAGUUUUUAAGACCCUUGACUACUCGCCAUCUUGAUUUAUGAUGUCAGAAGCGAGGAAUGCGUGGUCAAAAUUUUUACAAAAUACAGCGAAAUAAAAAGAUAUGUCCAAAGUAUAACGCUUGCUAAUAGAUAAGUACUCAAAUGCUAUGAACAUUUUCCUUUUGCUAGCAAUCAAUAAAUAAUCGUGAAAUUAACGUGACAAAAAAUAAUGAGAAAAUACAAGUUGAAAAGGAAGGUUAUAGUUUGCGUUAAUUUUUAGAGCAAAAGAAAAGUAUUCCAAGUAGAGAUGUGCUUAAUCGAUCGCAAGUGUCGUUUCUUGGAUGUGUCUUCUCAUUUCGACGUAUUUUGCAGAAAUUUUUGGCGCACCUUUCCUCGUUCUUCUGACGUCAUCGAUCAAAAUGGCCGCGGCGAAUGGCCCGGGAAUCUUAGCACAUUGUUGAAGCACGGGCCGAAGACGGCGGCGACUUUUCGCGUAAAUCCGUCGCGGCCCAUCGACCGCCGCGCACUGGCGGUCCAAUUGAAACCAAAAUCACACACGUAGCGCAUCUAUUUGCAGUUUGUAGGCAGCGACGAUGUUUAAUGAUACGAAAUUUCUUAAAUGACAAGUAUUAUGUACGCACAGGGAGUAAGUACAAAGUACUCUGCGAUGUUAGAA